AUGGAGCGGGACCCUGGCCCCGAGGGCGCGCGCCGGGCGCUGGGCCGCCUGCUGGAGGCGGUGCUGGCGAGCCGCGGCCAGGCCAACGCCGUGUUCGACAUCCUGGCCGUGCUGCAGUCCGAGGACCACGAGGAGACCCAGGAGGCGGUGCGCGCGUGCAGCCGCCUUUUCGGGGCCCUGCUGGAGCGGGGAGAGCUGUUUGUGGGCCGGCUGCCGUCCGAGGGCUCGGUCAUGGCAGGGUCUCAGGGGGCUACGCGCAAAUACAAGGUGUGGAUGAGACAUCGCUACCACAGCUGUUGUAACCGCCUGCAGGAGCUUCUGGCUCAUCCCUCCUUUGGGGUCAAGGAGCUGGCUCUCAGCACGCUCAUGAAGUUUGUGCAGCUGGAAGGAGCUCACCCCCUGGAGAAACCUAAGUGGGACGGCUACUACCUGUUCCCUCGGCAGCUCUUCAAGGCGGUGGUGGAAGGCCUGCUCUCUCCGGAGGACGACUGCUCGCUGCUCCUGUCCCGCUUCCAGGAGUACUUGGAACACGACGACAUCCGCUACCACACGAUGCAGGCAGCCACGGCCGUCGUGGGCCGCGUCGCUGACGGGUACCCAGAGGUGCCGCUCACGUUCUGGAACAACGCGUUCACGCUGUUGUCGGCUGUGAGCCUUCCCCGCCAGGAGUGUAGUUCCUCCAGCUUCUACGUGAAACACGUGGAGCUGUCGCGCACGUGGAAGGUGGUUCAUCUGAAGGAGCACAGGAAGGCGUUCCAGCUGAUGUGGCUCGGCUUUCUCAGGCACAAGCUGCCUCUGAGCCUCUACAAGAAGGUGCUGGUGGUCAUGCACGACUCCAUCCUGCCGCACCUGGCCCAGCCCAGCCUCAUGAUCGACUUCCUGACCCGCGCCUACGACGUGGGGGGAGCUAUCAGCCUCUUGGCCUUGAACGGACUUUUUGUUCUGAUUCACCAGCACAACCUCGAGUACCCCGAUUUCUACCGCAAACUCUACGGUCUACUGGACCCAUCCGUUUUUCACGUCAAGUACCGGGCCCGGUUUUUCCACCUGGCCGAUCUCUUCCUGUCAUCCUCCCAUCUGCCCGCCUACCUGGUGGCUGCCUUCGCCAAGCGCUUGUCCCGCCUGGCCCUGACGGCGCCCCCCGAGGCCCUGCUCAUGGUCCUGCCCUUCAUCUGCAAUCUGCUGCGCCGGCACCCCGCCUGCCGCGUCCUCGUGCACCGCCCCCUGGGCCCUGAGCUGGAUGCCGACCCCUAUGACCCCGAAGAGGAGGACCCCGCCAAGAGCCGAGCUCUGGAGAGUUCGCUGUGGGAGCUGCAGGCCCUCCAGCGGCAUUACCACCCCGAGGUGUCCCAGGCCGCCAGCGUCAUCAACCAGGCGCUGUCCAUGCCUGAGGUCAGCAUCGCGCCGCUGCUGGAUCUCACGGCAUUUGAGGUCUUCGAGCGGGACCUGAAGAAGAAGGGCCAGGAGUCAGUGCCACUGGAGUUCAUCCCCACCCAGGGUCUGUUGGGCCGGCAGGACGACCUCUGCGCCCAGCACUUCACGCUUAGCUGACCUUGUGAUCUCCCCUCCCUCCUCGGCCCCCAUAAGUGGUUUUGUGGGAGAGCCACCGGGGUGGGCUGUGGGUAGCUAGGAGGGGUCUGGGGAGGCGCUGAACCCGUCUCCUGGCUCCCGUGGUGGCCGUGUCUACAGGCCGACAUCCAUAGUGCUGGCCACGCUGUGUCCACCUGCAGCAACCCCCGCCCCGGAACGUGGUGUCCAGGGGUCUCUUCCUCCACUGAAGCCUGUGGGGAGGGGGGCUGCAGAAGUGGCUCCUGCCACGGGGCUCCGGGUGCACGGGUGUGGCUUCUGCCAGCCCUACAAGCUUCCCCAGGCACCCCACACUCCUCGGGGCCCUCGUAUCCAGGGAGGGUCUGGGCCACGCCCCCCACCUGUCCAGUGCGGUUGGACUCCGUGACCCAGGAGCGACAGUGAGGGCUCUGUCCUGGUUAGUCUUGGGUGCACAGGGAGCGCACACGCCCAUUCCUGGGCAGGGCCAGAGGAGGACACCUUUGUCCCCUGACCCCCAGGGUGCCGGGCUGUGUGUGUCCGGUCAGAGGGAGUUAGUUGGAGGCCGCUUCACCCUUCCAUCCUGUCCCCGAGCAGAGUGGGCACCAGCAGCCACGGGCUAGUGGCUUAUUUUGUGCCAGGGUGUUUGUUCCUUCGAGGCCCCGUUUCUGCCAGGCGAGCCUGCUCGAGUCUGGGUUUCCUCUUUUUUUUUUUUUUUUUAUUCAUGAGAGAC